ACUACAGGCAUGUGCAGUAUCAACACUGAUGCCUCUAAAGAUAAACUAUUAACUGUUUCUAUCUUUAGCAGCAAAUAAAUGGUCCAUCUUUGUGGGACGCCACAGAUGCAAUCAUGAAUCUGACAGGUGACCAAAGAGUUUUUGGCUAUGAAUUCUUCAACAGCACAUCUGAAAAUCAUACCACUGAUGAAGUUGACAGUGUUGUCAAUGGUAUUCUAAUCGUCAUCCUCCUCAUCACCAUGAUCUCUUUGGGCUGCACCAUGGAGGUCUCCAAAAUCAAAGGCCACAUUGUCAGGCCAAAAGGUGUAUGCAUAGCACUGGUGGCUCAGUUUGGCAUAAUGCCUCUUACUGCUUUCUGCCUGGCUAAGAUCUUCCAGUUGGGGCCCAUCGAAGCCGUCGCUGUGCUCAUCUGUGGCUGCUGUCCCGGUGGGAACCUCUCCAACAUUUUUGCCUUAGCUCUCCAAGGAGACAUGAAUCUAAGUAUUGUGAUGACCACCUGCUCCACAGUGUUGACACUAGGAGCAAUGCCAUUACUCCUAUACCUGUACUGCAAAGGGGUCUCUGGUUUGCAGCAAGCAGUUCCCUACUUUGGUAUCUUCGUUGCCCUCAUUAUGACUCUGGCGCCUUGCGGCAUAGGCAUUGCCAUCAACCACUGGGCACCACAUUACUCACAAAUCAUACUAAAGAUUGGACUUAGCAUCCUGCUAAUAGCCAUUGUGGCAAUUGGUGUGUUGUAUGGCAUCACCCUAGGAGCCACGAUGUGGAUUGUGUUUUCUCCUCAACUCAUAGCAGUGGCCUGUCUCAUGCCUUUUAUAGGUUACCUGUUAGGGUACACCCUUUCGACUAUCUUCAAACAGAACAGCCAGUGCAGAAGGACUAUUGCUGUGGAGACCGGCUGUCAAAACGUCAUGCUAUGUUUUGCCAUAUUGAAAGUGGCUUUCCCUCCAGAGGUCAUAGGACCCCUGUAUCUCUUUCCACUCAUUUACGUCAUAUUUCAGACAGCUGAAGCGCUGCUCUUUAUCGUAGAUCCAGCAAAGACAGCUGCAUAUGUGGUGGCUGACACAAUGGAGGAGGUAACACUUUCAUAAGGAGAAACAUCAUUAGGACUCUUUGAUACAUCAAUUAUCUGACCAAACAACAAGAAGAGCAUUUUGAGUGAUGGAUAAAACCUCUUGUUAACAGCCUCUGUAAUUAUUGUUGUGAUUAUUAUUGAUGAAUUUGAUACCAGCAACACAGUUUAAAAAUGGGAUUUGCAUAUUUCUCCUUCUACAGUGCAUAAUAUCAUUAAAUGAUUCAAGGAAUCGAGGGAAUUUCAGUGGGUAAAGGCCAAGGGUGCAAGCUUGGCCUGUGGUAGCCUAGUGGGUAGGGCUUUGGGCUAACAACCGGAAGAUUCAAAUCCAGGCUCUGCUAUGUAGCCACUGUUGGGUCCUUGAGCAAGGCCCUUAACCCUGUCUGCUCCAGGGGCGCCGUAAGUUGGCUGACCCUGCGCUCUGACCCCAGCUCCCAACACCAGCUGGGAUAUGCGAAGAAAGAAUUUCAUUGUACUGUACAUCUGUAUAUGUAUAUAUGACAAAUA